AUGGACCUUACCUCUGUACGCGCAGAAAUCAAAGCUUGGGAACACGAAUUCAGGAGCACGCAUGCCCGCGAUCCCACCGUCCAGGAAAUAAAGGACCGGCCAGAGAUAGCGGCCAAGUACAGGCUCUACAAGUCUCUAUCCAAGGCAGUCGCUUCUGCCCCUGUGGCGGGCUCGUCCACGACGCGUCUGACAACGCCUCCUAGACCGCAGCCACGUCAGACCACUCAACCACCCGCAUCUCUUCUCCCGAAGACCCGGGCGGUCAGAGUCGAUCCUCCCACUCAGACUUAUAAUCCCUUCUCUCCCGUCAAGAAGAAAAAAGUGAAACACGAUGACAUACACGAUGACAUUCAACCGCUCAAUCUAACUCACUUAUCCUCGCGUCUCAAUCCAUUCACCACGCCUACUAAGCCUAGGACCCAGCCCAAGCACAAACCCUCUGCCCGACGAUCCCCUUCUCCGGACCCAUUUCCCCUCAUUCAGCUGUCUCAGCCUGCACGACAGUCCAGUGGUGGUCCGCACACUCCGACCGCUCAUUCCGCGGUCACUCGUGCGCGCAAACGUCUCCGCGGCGACCCCGUCUCGCCAUCUCCUGUUAAGGAGAAGCGCGCACGCAUCGGAUCUCAGCGCGCACGCAACGUCGCUGCCCCCAUCAUCGACAGCGAUGAUGAAGAGGUUACUACGCGAGGGUUGGGUGUCCGCGACGCGGACGAGACCUUCAUAGAGGCUACGCCAAUGAAACCGCCGCCAGGCGGCAAAUCGUUUCGAGUCCUCUUCGACGAGGUUCCUCCGCAUGCAGAACGAGCCUCGAGGCAACCUGCCGUUCGCACUCUCUCACGCACGAAGUCUACUCUGAGCAAGACAAAUCUGUCCUUUACGAGUAAAGGGAAAUCACGAGCCCUGUCACCGUCUUCCUCGGAGGAUGACGAUUCUAUAUGGGACAGGGGAGCGAAAUUGAAAAGCCUCAUUACGUCUACCAACGACAUUGCUGGUGCCAAGAAACUCAACACGCAGCAGAGACGGAUGAUUAAUGAAGCUGCAAAGCAUGCGAUUCCAAAGGCUGUCUUACCUGGUAAGGACGAUCUGUGGUCAGAUGUCGGGCCUUCCAAGGGUCCUCAGACUAAGAAUCAAGCACGCAUUGUACUCAAUAACAAAGAAGGUGGAGACGCUACAACACGUUCCGCUACAAAACGCCCACUACCUGAUGAAGAACCUGACGCGAGAUCGGACCAGACGAAUGGUCUGACAGAUGGCGGAAAUUUGCUUCCCCGUCUUGCACUGCUGCCACCAUCACCCCCACCUGCCGAUUCAUCAUCCAGGUCAUAUGGAAGUGGUUCGAAAGACAAGGCCAAAGGCAGGGCUGCUGUUGCUUUCGGCCGGAAAAAGGCAAGGUUGCUCGAACAGGCAGGCGGCGAGGACGAUGACGACAGCAGCCUAGACGACGAGGAAGAGAGCGUGAAGGUGCGAGAAAUCACGCGACAGCGGAAUUACAGCGCUCGCGCCAAACUCCCCGAUGAUCUCGACGACUCCGAGUUCGACUGGCCCCCGUAUCCCGUGCACGCACCGGAGUCUCCACGCCUCGAGGCAUCCGCCCUCGAGUCGGGCAUAGUAGAUGUUGACUUGCCUGAUGACCUCAAACGUAUCCUUGCUCUGUCUCCUCGGAGAAGGAGCGAAAUAGAGGAAGACAAGCUCGUUAAAGGUUUACUCUACGGAAGGAGAGAGACGCAUUACGAUGCGAAAGGUGGGGAGAUCUGGGACGUCGGCGAAAUCAUUGAAGCAUCUGAAGGCGCGGGCGAGGGAACAGAGGAAGAGUGGGAAGGAGAACCAGUCCCGUGGGAAGUUGGUGAGCUCUGA